GGGAGGGAUGGGUGGGAAGCGGGUAGUGGUUCUCUCGCCAUUUCCACUGUGCGAGCGAGACCGGAUGCUGCGAGGUCUGUUCCCUCCAUACUCACUGUCCGCUGUGAAGCUCACUGCAUCUCUGCUGACCGGAUGAACUCCGACCUGUACAACUGCUUCGUUUCUCGUGUCCACGGCGUUCUUGAGGUCAGUCCCCGACGAUGAGAACAGGUGUUACACUACCUGCUCUGGUACUUCUUGUGACAGGCAUGAUGCGUCACAUCAAUGGCCAGUUCGCCGAGGAGUGGAACCGUCAGGCAUGGCAAAGCCUCCAGGAUGCCUUGAACCUGCGGCCCAACACGGGAACGGCCAAGAACGUUAUUUUGUUUCUAGGCGACGGCAUGGGUGUGUCCACGGUGACGGCCGCCCGCAUCUACAAGGGGCAGAGGGAAGGAAGGAGUGGUGAAGAAACACAGCUGAACUUCGAGAAGUUCCCAUACGCCGCUUUCUCCAAGACGUAUAACGUCGACAGCCAGACUUCAGACUCCGCGGGCACAGCCACGGCCUUCCUGUGCGGGGUCAAGGCCAACAAAGCCACCCUUGGGGUAGAUGCUCGGGUGUUGAGGAAGUCGUGCGACAGACUGAAAGAAGGGAGCGUCUCCUCUAUUCUGGAUUGGUCCUUGACUGCAGGAAAAGCAACGGGAAUAGUGACGACGUCACGCGUGACGCACGCGACCCCUGGAGCUGCCUACGCCCACACGCCCGAGCGCGACUGGGAGGGGGAUGCAGACAUGCACAAUGCCAACGACCUGUGCAAGAGGGUCCUGAAGGAUGUCAGUGCUCAGCUUGUGGAGGACAACCCAAAAAUUCGGGUUAUUAUGGGAGGAGGACGCCGCACUUUCUUUCCGAACACAACAGUUGAUCCAGAAACAAAGGAAGUAAACCCUACUAAAGGCCGUAGAGAUGGCAAGAACCUUGUCGAGAUGUGGAAAAGGUCAAAGCCUGCAGAUGCCAAAGCUGCCUACGUCUGGAACAAAGAGCAGUUUGACGCCGUAGACCCACAAACCACGGACUACGUGUUAGGUCUCUUCAAUCCCAGUCACAUGGAAUACGAGUUGAAGCGAAAUCCAUACAACGAACCUUCUCUGUCGGAGAUGGUUGUCAAAGCCAUACAGAUUCUUCAGAAAAAUCCAAAAGGAUUCUUCCUCUUGGUGGAAGGCGCACGCAUCGACCACGCCCAUCAUGACAACUACGCCAAACUGGCGCUGGCGGAAACCGUUGCCCUUGACGACGCCGUUGGCGCUGCGCUGAACCUCACGAGGGAGGAGGACACCUUGAUUGUAGUGACGGCUGACCACUCACAUGUCUUCAAUAUCGCAGGCUAUCCUUCACGAGGCAAUGACAUUCUAGGCCUCGUGGAUGUCAUAGAGAAAGGCGAAGAACCAUUAGAUGGAAUGCCCUACGCCACGUUGUCAUACGGCAAUGGCCCGGGGCCAGGACGGGUCAACCUCACCGGCGUGGAUACAGCUUCGAUAAAUCAUCAACAGUCUGCGCUGGUGAAAAUGGCUUGGGAGACUCACGGUGGCGAGGACGUUGGUAUCUACGCCACGGGCCCCAUGGCACAUCUGUUUCAUGGCGUCCACGAACAGCACUACAUCACCCACGUCAUGGCUUUCGCUUCUCGCGUCGGCCCCUGUGUAGGACCUGAUGACGAGGACGACGGAAAGAACAUAUUGUGUAAACGAGCUCUGGACAGAGAUUCUAGUUCCGGCACAGGGCAGGCGGAGUUCAUUUCUAGUGCUGGCCCGACUAACCGUAUUCAUAUCUCCAUGUUACGCUGCCUGCUGGUUCUCUUGUGCCUUGCUCUGCUGCCAUGAACUCACUGCUGAAAAGAAAACUUUGUCAAAAAUUUUAAAACGCUGGUAAAAAUGUAGAUGUCAUCAAAAUAUGUUUGUUUAAAGAGCAAGUCAGACUACCGGUGACAAAUCUUUUAAUCCUUAAGGCCGUUCCUAUAUAAACACUAUCAGAAUUUUGGGAAAGCAUUUGCUGUAAAUAGGCUUUUCGGGCACACUGUGAAGUUAGGCUUGCAUAGAAAACUUGAUCGAAUACCAAAGUUUAUUUAUUUAUACCGUCUUGCAAAAUAUGGACGGCUUUCCUGUGCUGGGUCAAGGGCAACAAAGCCACUCUUGGCGUAGAAUUAUUGCUCAUGGAAUUUACAGUAAAAAUAUGUGCCACGUUGCUGUUACCACACAACUUUAUUGUUUGGUGAGAGACAUUCAUGUACGCAUUUUACUCCCAGAAACUUACAAUAAAAACAUUAGGAAUGAA